GUUAAAUACUAGAUUAUUCUAUCUACGGCGCAGCAGCGCUCUCUGAUGGAAAGUUUAGAAAAGCCUUGUGAAAAAGAGUUUGAAGCAGAAGGAUCCUGAAAACGUAACAAGCUGAGUAUGCAAAAGAAUAUCAUUGUUAAAGAGGAUGUGCUGCCCGAUGUAGCGAACCGGUCCGUGCUGGGUGAAAACCCAUCUAUGGAUGACAUCUUCGGUGAAUCAUUGGAAUUCAAAACAAGCAAGUUGUUUUUAUACUUCGCAAUUUUGAUCUUUAGCUCACUCGGUAAUGGGCUCGUUUUUUGCUUGAUCUCUUCCAAUCGCAAGCUCCGUCAAGCUUCAUCGAACAGGUUUUUGUUAAGUCUGAGCGCGUGCGAUUUUCUGACACCAUUGCUGAGCAUCCCGUUUGAUUUAGCUCUGGAGGAACGCGGAUCUGAGUGGCCUUAUGGAGCGAUAAUGUGUCGCGUUUUGUGGCCCUCGUCGACGCUAACUGCUACAGCUUCUGCUCUAACUCUAGCAGCCGUGUCUUUAGACAGAUUUCGUCUCAUGAUGCACCCCUUUACACCCCGACUAACAGAGACGCAGAUUAAGCUCCUAAUCUUAAGCAUUUACACUUUGUCCAUGGCCAUAGUCGUACCUUACAUUAUAUUUUUGAAACUUCAAGACCACCAAUGCAUAGAGAGCUGGCCAAAGUUUAGCUACAGACAAGCAUACACAGGGAUCUUGUUCCUAGUGCAAUACGCAUUGCCACUUGCAUUUAUGACACUUAUGUACACGCUGGCGCUCAGUAAAUUGUAUACAGUGACUAGCAACGCGACGCAGAUGCGGGUAGUGAAACCCAAGAACUUUUGUAAAACCGCCAAGAUAAAGCAAAAUGGAGUCAAAGGCAAGACCACUGACCGGAAGCUGACUAUGCGCAUAAAAGACGGUUUCAAGUUGAAGUCCAAUGUCCGAGUAACAAAGAUGUUUAUAAAUGUCGUAGUGAUCUUCGCAAUUUUCAUGCUCCCAAACCAGGUUCUAUGGCUGUGGUCAGACUUUGGAGGAGGUGAACAACACAAAAACUUGAACACAAUCGAAAUUAUAUGCUGGCAAUUCACAUACGCAAAUUGCGUUCUAAACCCUUUCAUCUUUGUAUUCUAUUGCAAAGAAUUCCGAGCUAGGCUGAGGCGGAUGGUAUUUCCCAGAAAAAUGUGCAACAGAUCCAAGACCCAACUGAACAUUACACGGUCGAGUGAGCCUGCGAUCGAGAAGGGACGAGGUAUUUCCUUGUUUUCAGAGGUGGAGGUCUCUCAUUUAUAAAAGAGAGUCGAAAAACUUGAAUCUCAGAAGGAUAAAUGAAAGGCGUAUCAGAUAAGGCACAAAUUGCAACGUAUGUCGCUUAGGUGACAAAAACUUCAUUGGUCAGACUACCAGCUGUAAAAAAGAAAAAGGUUCUAAAGAGUACAUCAUGGGAUAAUUGUAAUUAUUAAAAACUAGAUCAUUGGAUAAUGCAAUUCAAGACUUUUUAUUGGCUUAGC